AUGGUUCGGAAGAGGAAAGUUAUAUCGAAGCCGGUGGUGGUUUUCAAUGAGACGCUGGUGGCGGAGGACCUCCCUUUGAUCCAAGAAGUGGAGCCUGAAUCGAAUCCUGUAGAUGAAUUUCAUGAUCCUUGUGCUGAUUUAGAGAUGGAUCGUGGAGUUGAUGAGAUGCGUGAUGGAAGUUUGCUUCGUACCUCUCCCAAAUCAGUGAGAUGGGCUGAGGAGGUUGAGGGAACUGAUUAUCAGAGCUCGGCGAAGGAUGUAUGGAGUAAGUUCAAAUCGAAUCAGGUAUUAACCCCUUCUACUCGUUUGAACUUCACUGAACCCUUGAAAGUUGGUGAUCAAAUUGUCGCUCGUCUAGAUAUGGAGGAGGUGGAGAUUGAAGCGUCGUUCUGGAAAAAUGCUAUUGUUUGUAUUGUGCUUGGUGUUAACCCACCAUUUAGAGUGUUUGAAGGUUUUGUCAAAAGAGUUUGGGGAAACCUUGGUGUUGAUAAGAUUGUGAGAAUGCACUCAGGUUUCACAUUAGUUAAUUUCAGGGAUGAAGCUUCUCGAGACCUGAUAUUGGAAACGAGUGUCAUUCAUUUUGACAAGAAACCAGUUGUCCUUCGUCCUUGGACAACAGACAUGGACUCUAUAAGAAUGGUAAAGUUUGUUCCGGUGUGGAUUAGGUUGAAUGGUUUGGGAUUGCAGUAUUGGGGAAAAAAUAGUCUUAGUGCUCUGAUCGAUGGUGAAAUAUGCAAGGUUUUGGUGGAUAUGGAGAUUUCGGACCACCCUCCAAAAUCUAUUGCUUACAUCAAUGAACGAGAACAAUUAGUCGAACAAUUGGUUGAGUAUGAAUGGCUCCCCUCUAAGUGUUCUGCAUGUGCUCAAUUAGGUCAUAUAGUGGCUAAUUGUAACAAGGAUAAAGGAGUGGUUUGGAAGAAGAAGGCCACUGUUGACAAAGGAGAGAAACCUGAACAACAGAAAAAUGGUAUAGAGAUUGAUCAGCAGCAACCAUCUGGGUCUACUAUACCAGAAAACAGAGUGCAUAAUUCUACUAGUGUUGUUGCGGAUGAGAGGAAAAAGAGUUCGUACAAGGGACUUGAUUCAAAGGAGAAUAAUGAAGAUCAGGGUAUUCCAAUCUCAUCUCAGCUAGAUGAAAUAGGUAGUGAUGAAAUUGCUGGCAAUUGGAUUACUCCCAAAAGGCGAGGGCCAAGACAGGCAGUGGCAGCUCCUACCAAGGCAGAUGCAGCUCCGAUCAAGGCUAGUUCGAGUAAUGGAUAUGCGGUUUUACAAGAAAUUGGGGAUGGGCUUUUGGUCACCAAUUCUACCCAAUUAAUUGAUGGAAGUUUUUCUAUCACCUCUGGUAGGAUUUUGGUUAUUUGGCAAGCUAAGUUUGUGAAGGUUGAAAUUUUGCUCGAGGAUCCUCAACUAGUUCACUGCAAGAUAAAAGUGUGUGGCCAGCAGGAGGUUUUCUUUGCCACGGUGGUUUAUGGAAGUAACUCUAUGGGGGAGAGAAAAACGUUAUGGGACAAGUUGGCUAGUAUUGGUCAACUGAAUAAUCCUUGGAUUAUUUUCGGGGAUUUUAAUGCUAUGUUUAGCUUCCAGGACAGGAAUGGUGGGAGACAAAUCUUAGCAAAAGAUAUUGCUGAUGCUCAAGACUGGCUGGCUUUAGGCCAAGUGGAUGAAUUUAAGUGCUCCAGAGCACACUUUACUUGGUCUAACAAGCAUGAUGUAGGAGACAGGAUUUUUUCCAAGCUUGAUCGAGUUUUUACUAAUGACUAUUGGCUGGACACUUUCCCUAAAACUAAAGCUUGCUUCAAAUGGGGCUGUGUUUCAGACCAUAGCUACUGGAGCUCUACUUCAGGUUCGGGAGGAGGCUUAAAUAAGAUUGUGCAGAAACUCCUUAGAGUUAAACAUGUUUUGAAAAGAUUUAACAGGGAAGAGGUUGGUGAUGUAGUUUUGGAUUACAAGUUGGCUAAGGAGAAAUUCAGCAAAGCUCAGGAGGCCUUGGCUUCUAAUCCCUCUGACUAUACUCUUCAUCAAGCUGUUAUUCAAGUUCAGCAGAAGGUCUCUGAAAUGCAGAACCGGUACUCUAGCUUUCUCAAACAGCAGAGUAAAGUUAAUUGGGUAAAUUUCAGUGAUGAAAACUCAAGGUACUUCCAUGCUGUUAUGAGGAAAAGAAGAUUGGAAAACAGAAUCACAUCUUUCACUAUUGGUGACAAAAUUGAAGAUGAUUAUUCGAAAGUAGUUGAGCACUUUCUCACUCAUUUUGAGAACUUUAUGGGGAGGAGAAGUUCGGCUACCGAAGAGAUCGACUUAGAUUGUUUGAACCAGGGUAAUAGACUGUCUUUGGAGCAUCAAGUCAGGUUAUUAAGGCCUUUUAGUAAGAGUUAUGUGAAGAAGGCACUUUUCAGUAUUCACUCUUCUAAAAGUCCUGGGUUAGAUGGCUUCGGAUCAUGUUUUUUCAAGGGGAUAUGGGAUAACAUUGGAGAUGAAAUCUCUCGUUCUGUGUUAGAGUUUUUCCAGGAUGGGUUAUUGCCUAAGUCGCUAAAUGAAACAGUGAUUUCCCUCAUUCCUAAGGUUGCAGACCCGAAAACAGCUAGUGAUUAUAGGCCUAUUGCUUGUUGUAAUACACUUUAUAAGUGUAUCUCAAAGAUGCUCUGUACAAGGCUUUCGGAAGUGCUUCCCUUCCUUGUUCAUAGCAACCAAGGGGCCUUCAUAAAGAAUAGAAUUCUUGCUCAUAAUAUUAUGAUCUUCCAGGAUCUCCUCAAAGGUUAUACUAGGAAGAAUAUUUCAGCGAGAUGUAUAAUGAAGAUCGACCUUAGCAAAGCAUAUGAUACAGUUGAUUGGCACUUUGUGGAGGAGCUACUUAAGCAUCUUUGUUUCCCCUCGAGAUUUAUUGAUUGGAUUCUGGUCUGUUUGAAAGGAACGAGCUACAAUCUACUCAUGAAUGGAAGAAUUCAGGGUUCGUUCAAAGGGGAAAAAGGUCUUCGUCAAGGAGACCCCAUGUCUCCCCUCUUGUUUGUGCUGAUAAUGGAGUAUCUAACCAGAUUAUUGGCCCAUUGUUCUGGUAAAAAAGGGUUUGGAUUUCAUCCUAUGUGUAAACAACUUAGGUUAACUAACCUAUGUUUUGCAGAUGACUUGAUAAUAUUUUGUAAAGGCAAUUUCAGUUCAGUGACAUGUAUUCAAGAAGCUUUCAAGAAGUUCUGUGAUUCUACAGGUCUUUCUGCGAACAAAUCGAAAUCCCAUAUCUUCUUUGGAGGAGUUAAAGAAGACAUUAAAGUUAAGAUUCUUGACUUGAUGCAAAUGGAAGAAGGAUCUUUUCCUUUGAAAUACUUGGGGGUUCAUCUUCGUCCUACUAAAUGGAAAGCUUCAGAUUGUGGGUUGAUCUUGGACAAGCUGAACAAGAAUCUCAAUUGUUGGGCGAGCAGGAAUCUGUCUUUUGCUGGUCGUGCUCAACUAAUUCACUCGGUGCUUGGUAUCAGAAACUUCUAG